AUGAGAUGUCCCCACAGACCUCCCUCCCUCACCCCUGUCCUCCCCUUCUCCUCUUCAUCCACCCUGUCCUCACCCUUCUCCCUCCCCUCACCCCUGUCCUGCCCCUUCUCCCUCUCUCACCCCUGUCCUCGCCCCUUCUCCCUCACUCACCCCUGUCCUCACCCUUCUCCCUCCCUCACCCCUGUCCUCACCCUUCUCCCUCCCUCACCCCUGUCCUCACCCUUGUCCCUCCCUCACCCCUGUCCUCCCCCUUCUCCCUCUCUCACCCCUGUCCUCCCCUUCUCCCUCCCUCACCCCUGUCCUCCCCCUUCUCCCUCUCUCACCCCUGUCCUCACCCCUUCUCCCUCCCUCACCCCUGUCCUCCCCCUUCUCCCUCCCUCACCCCUGUCCUCACCUUCUCCCUCUCUCACCCCUGUCCUCACCCUUGUCCCUCCCUCCACCCCUGUCCUCACCCCCUGUCCCUCACCCCUUCUCCCUUCUCCCUCUCACCCCUGUCCUCACCCUUCCCCUCCUCACCCCCCCCCUUCUCCCUCUCCUCACCCCUGUCCUCACCCUUCUCCCUCCCUCACCCUGUCCUCCCCCUUCUCCCUCCUCACCCCUGUCCUCACCCUUCUCACCCCUCCCUCACCCUUCUCCCUCCCUCACCCCUGUCCUCACCCUUCUCCCUCCCUCACCCCUGUCCUCACCCUUCUCCCUCCCUCACCCCUGUCCUCACCCCUCCCUCCCUCACCCCUGUCCUCACCCUUUCUCCCUCACCCCCUCACCCUGUCACCCUUCCUCCCUCCCCUGUCCUCCCCCUUCUCCCUCUCUCACCCUGUCCUCACCCUUCUCCCUCACUCACCCCUGUCCUCACCCCUCCCUCCCUCACCCCUGUUCCUCACCCUUCUCCCUCCCUCACCCCUGUCCUCACCCUUGUCCCUCCCUCACCCCUGUCCUCACCCUUCUCCCUCCCUCACCCCUGUCCUCACCCUUCUCCCUCCCUCACCCCUGUCCUCCCCUUCUCCCUCCCUCACCCCUGUCCUCACCCUUCUCCCUCCCUCACCCCUGUCCUCACCCUUCUCCUCCCUCACCCCUGUCCUCACCCUUGUCCCUCCCUCACCCCUGUCCUCACCCUUCUCCCUCUCUCACCCCUGUCCUCACCCUUGUCCCCCUCCCUCACCCUGUCCUCACCCUUGUCCCUCCCUCACCCUGUCCUCCCCCUUCUCCCUCCCUCACCCCUGUCCCUCACCCUUCUCCCUCCCUCACCCCUGUCCUCACCCUUCUCCCUCCCUCACCCCUGUCCUCACCCUUGUCCCUCCCUCACCCCUGUCCUCCCCCUUCUCCCUCCCUCACCCCUGUCCUCACCCUUCUCCCUCCCUCACCCCUGUCCUCACCCUUCUCCCUCCCUCACCCCUGUCCUCACCCUUCUCCCUCUCUCAGAGACAGGGGGAGGAGCCUGACACAGAGGGGGAGGAGCCUGACACAGGUGUGGUGUCCCCACAGAGGGGGAGGAGCCUGACACAGAGGGGGAGGAGCCUGACACAGGUGUGGUGUCCCACAGAGGGGGAGGAGCCUGACACAGAGGGGGAGGAGCCUGACACAGAGGGGGAGGAGCCUGACACAGGUGUGGUGUCCCCACAGAGGGGGUGGAGCCUGACACAGAGGGGGAGGAGCCUGACACAGAGGGGGAUGAGCCUGACACAGAGGGGGAGGAGCCUGACACAGGGGGAGGAGCCUGACACAGAGGGGGAGGAGCCUGACACAGAGGGGGAGGAGCCUGACACAGAGGGGGAGGAGCCUGACACAGGUGUGGUGUCCCCACAGAGGGGGAGGAGCCUGACACAGGUGUGGUGUCCCCAGAGGGGGAGGAGCCUGACACAGGUGUGGUGUCCCCACAGAGGGGAGGAGCCUAACACAGAGGGGGAGGAGCCUGACACAGGUGUGGUGUCCCCAGAGGGGGAGGAGCCAGAGGGGGAGGAGCCUGACACAGGUGUGGUGUCCCCACAGAGGGGAGGAGCCUAA